CUCACUGGUGGAUUAUGCAAGCUGUACGGAAGUCUCUUUCGAAUCAGUCCAGAACAAUUCGCUUGCCGUUUCACAUGGUUGAGGCAACAUAUCGAGUGAAGGAAGCACGAAAGAAGCUGUACAGUGAAAAUGGAAGACAGCCUGACAAUGAAGAAGUUGCACAGGCAACAGGGCUGUCCAUGAAGAGGCUCACUGCUGUUCUACUCUCGCCAAAGGCACCUCGAUCACUCGAUCAGAAGAUCGGGAUUAACCAAAAUCUUAAACCAUUGGGCCGUCCUAUGCCAUAUGCAGCAAUUACUAUCUCCUUUUCCCGUUUUUAACCUGUCAUCGUUAUUGAAUUCCGGUUUAGUUUCGACAUCUGAUGGGACUACGUUAAUUUUUGUCCAGGAAGUAAUUGCGGACCCCGAAGCAGAUUCGGCAGAAGAUAUCUUGCUGAAGGAGUUCAUGAAGAAGGAUCUGGAGAAGGUGUUGGACAGUUUGAGUCCAAGCGAGAGGCAGGUCAUCCGAUGGAGGUUCGGAAUGGAAGACGGCAGGAUGAAAACUUUGCAAGAAAUCGGGGAGUCGAUGGGUUGAAGCAGGGAAAGGAUCCGGCAAAUCGAGUUGUGCGCCUUUCGGAAGUUGAAGAACAAAAGGAGAACAAAACAUCCGCAGCAGUAUUUGCUUUCAUAUGCAUCAUAGCUGAGUUUUAGAAUCAAAAUGGCUUGUUUAAAACAUCUUUCCAUUAGCCAAAGGUUUACCUACAAUUACAAAUGGCUGUUCAGAGAAAGCAGGAAAAAAAUUUCAAUGAAACAUUUUACAUUCUUUUUAUGCAUCAAA